CAAGGGUCGAAAGUUAUCUAGCGACGGAUGUGUUUGUUAUUAUUAUACUGGAUUUUCGGAUUCUCGAGCUCUCCAGCUAAGCAUCGCUCGGCCCCGUGUAAGCCAGUGCUGAAUUGAGACUCGACACGAUCAGUUGAUAGAAUGAAAAACAUUUGUGCUGUUCUCUGCCUGUGGCUGUGCAUGCUAGGCACCAGCCUGGCCGCAAGGGAAAACUAUUGUGAACGGAAUGUGACAACGAGGACUUUGGUGCCUGUAACGAAGCAACGGACCGUGAUCAAGCAGCCUUCCAAGUGGAAGUUGUGGAAGAAGGCGGAGAAGAUUACCGAAUUUUACAAUACGCACGAGGAGCAGAUUAGCUACAAAGUCAUUUCCGAAUGCUGCCCGGGCUAUUCGCAAGUGGGCGAGUCGGGACUCUGUGAGCCAGUGUGUGAGCGUGGCUGUCCGGCUCAUGCUAGCUGUGUGGCUCCACAGCGCUGUCAAUGCACCACCGGCUAUAUAUCGGCCGUUGCACAUCGUGACGGUAGCCACUAUUGUGAACCCAUCUGCGAGCGGAGCUGUCCAGCGGGCACACAUUGUGUGGCGCCCAAUACAUGCGAGUGUAAGCCGGGCCAUCAGCCUCUGCCGCCCACCGGAGAUGGAGUCAGUGCGCCCUGUGCACCGGUCUGCCAGGUAGGCGACGGCUGUGCCAAUGGCCAGUGCGUCGAUGUGGAAGUCUGUGCGUGUAAUCGUGGCUAUUUCUGGAAUGCCGAGAGCAACAGCUGCCAGCUGCGCAACGACGACACGAUGAUGAAGUUGACCAGCGAUGAUGUCACCGAACCGGAGGAGUACCUAAGCAAAUCAUCGUCCACCCCAACGGCAUUCACAGCCGCCGACUGCGAAGUGGGCUUCAUACUCUAUGCGGGCGAGUGUCGGGCCGAGUUCUUUGAGAGCAGCGAUGGCCGAGCGAAGGAGCAGCAUUGUGCUCAAACGGGCUGUGGUCCGCAUCAGAGCUGCGACGCUCUGGGCAAGUGUAGCUGCAAUGCGGGCUAUGUGGAGGAGGAGAGCGAGGAUGCGAAUGCUAAGCUCUCGUGUCGUCGUGGCCUGCUGGAGCAACUGUUGAGCAUCGAUCAGGCAGCCGAUGAUGAGAAUGAAUUGAAUACUCUGACAAUACCCAUUGUGGGCGUGGCAUCGGGCGCAUUGUUGGUAAUUGUGAUUGUGGGACUGGUGACCGGAAUGCGUCGCCGACGCAAGCAAGAGCCAAACGAUUCGCUGCCCAAGGAGCCAGUGCUGCAGUGUGAAUAUACACAGAAGUCAUACGAUGUGGAUGAGUGGGUGCCAUAGAGGCAGGAAGCGGAGCUGGAGGAGCGGAAAACAAAACAGAUGCAGCAGCUGAAAUGUAUUGGCUGUGCUUAUUGAACUUUUAAAUAGUUAGCAAAUAAGUUUAUGUCGUAAAUAAAUGUUUUAGAUUGUUUUUAAGGCAAAUUUGUAUUUCGGAUUUAUUCAAGUUUUUUCUUUUUUAUAUAUUAUAUGAAAUCGUUACAUUUGUAGAUUUCUAAUAGGAAAUAAAUUAAUAUAUAUUCUUCGAAUUAAGGUAACAAUUACAGAAUUUAAGGCUAAAGAGAGGAAAGGAGAUAUAGGAAAUUUUUACCAGGUCAGGUAGGCCCUGAGGGCGUAGGUAGAGUGAUGAAUUUUAUAUGAUUUCUUAGCCAAUUCGCUUGCAUUUACUGCUUAACAUUGGUUUGACUUUUCUUUUAAGAAAAAGAUUAGCAGCAAUUAUGAUAAAUGUGAAGGGAGACAAGAGACAAGAAAAAGAAAGAAAAACAAUGAAUGAAAAGAUCAGAGUCAAUAUGAUGCUGAUUGCCUCGACGCUCACAGAGGAAAAGACACUCGUUAGGGCAUAGAGGGAUGCAGAUAGGGAAUGGAAAGGCAGGCAAUGAAAUUGAGGGUCAAAGCAAGCGCACGACUGAGCGUGGGACUGAGAGCCCGAGAGAGACCAUAUGUAAACAAACUCUGCCUACGUUGGUCUCAUACACAAUUCCUCCCUGCGGUGUUCUCUACUCAACUAGGGAUCGUUCUUAUGCUCAGCAGGUAGUUUUAUGAUCCAUAUUUAGCUAUUUUUAACCAUUUUAUAGCUGAAAGCAUACUGCAUUGGUCGAAUUGUCAGCUAGUUUCGAUUUAACUUCACUGACUCCAAUCUUUAGUCAUUCAA